AUGGCCUCUCCGCUAAAUCGCGACGAAAACGAAGACAGACUAUCGCCUUCUCGUUUUCCUUCCCCUUCUCCUAUCCCUGACCCUGACCCUGACCCUCUUCCAUCGACAGUCACAGCAACAGCAACAACAGCAGGAACAACAACACCUAUACCUAACUCCGACCUCCUCCGACCGUUCUCUCGCUCCCCUCACCCCUACCACCGCACCGGCCACGGCCAAACCGAACGACCCCGUCACCCAGUCUGGUCGCGCACGUCCAGCGAUAGCGGCACGGAAGCAGACGAUGAGAGCACCGGCGUGUUAAAGGGGUUACCGGCCCCGCCGAUUCGGCCGAGGAAAGGGUUGCGCGUUGUUGAGGACGGGGAGUUGUGGGUACCGGUUCCGGGGUUACGGUCGUUGGCGCGGGUGAGGGCACGAAGCCAGAAAGAUGUCGCGAAGGCUGCAGGGGGGGGAAAUAUGGGGAUAUCGCAGGGGAAACCGGUGGAGCUUAUGAGGAGGGUGUUGGAGGUUGCGUUGGUGGCUUCUGUUGGUGCGGUGGUGAUUCGGCCGGUGGAUGUGAAGGUGGUUGCGUGGGAUUGGAGGAAGGAGAUUUCUACGUAUGGGUUGUUGGUGAGCUGUCUUUAUGCCGCGUAUCCAUUUCGCAUAUCCAGAUGGAGAUCUGGACGAUUGGAACUCCCCUCAUUCUCGAUACCUGCCAGCUUUGAUCCUGCGCCGCUAAUCUAUCCGCUCCUGAUUCCGAUUUUCGUUUCACUUUCCUUGUCGCAUCAUAGACCUGUAUUAAUACUGCCGAACAUCCUGCUCGGCCUCUCGUCGCUACCAACGCCGGUUAUUCCACUACGUGCGUGGGACCAUGGCUGCAGUGUAGUUCACUGGCUGAUCACACUGAUUCCCCUCUGUGUGUCUGAGAAUCUGGCUUGGGGAGAUGCGCCACCCAAGCCAUUAUCAUUUUACGGCAUUGAUUCGGAAGCAUUGGCUCUCGUUUUUCCUUUGCAACAAGCAUUGAUACCCAUUCUUGAUUUCUUACUCGCUACGAGUCUUUUACCAGCAGAGCUGCAGCUGUUGGCGACAGCUCUUAUCAAUCUUUAUCUUUUCGCAGCGUCUCCUCAGGCGGAGAUUCUCAAAGCACUGUUAUGGCUAGGUGGACUGUGUAUUUUCAUUUUCUGUCGACAUGUUCUUAGCUGGGAGGUUGCGUUGGCUAGAAUUCCCAGUUGGAAGUUCCGGCGGUACCCGAGCAAUUCGCAAACUGCAAAGAGUAUUCUGAACUUCAUCGACCAUCAAGUUUGCGAGAAGUUGAGUCGAACUGGGUCUCUGGAGGAGCUUACGUCGGAUAGUGAGGAAGGAGAGGAUCUUCCUCCGUUAAAGUCGCGCAGGACUCUUGAAAUGCCUCUGGCCGGGAACCUCAUGUCCUUUGAGAGGGUACAAGAGAGACCUGUCAGACCUGUCGAUGUUGGACAUAAGCGACGGCACACUAUUUCUACCGUUGAGAAUAUUCCGCAGGCCAGGACUACGGCUAAAGGUCGGCGGAAACGUUUGAUGGCUCCCGGCUUGGCGUCUUUCCUGUCGAUGACGGUGCCCCAGGCGACUGUUCGCAAGUGGCUCUACGCGGCGUAUAUUUAUAUCACUAUCUUGGGGAUUGCUAUGGGCCCUGUUAGGAAAUAUGUGACAGAGAAGGCGUUGAGCGGAGACGAGCCCUUUGGCUGGGGGUUGGGGUAUCUCUUUGGGAAUCUCUCCCUGUUCCGGUUUUGGGUGGUCAUAAGGAAUCUAGAGGGAUGGAUUCGGUUACCCGCUCGCCUGGACGUGGAUGAGGUGCAUUCAUCAUGUGUGCUUGGUUGCGUGGAACACCUACGACAGGAGACCUUUGGGGAAGCCAAUACGCGCUUGCUGGUCAGCGCAUACUGCUUCACAGUACUCCUGACUGGCAUGGCGAUCGUGUUUAGACUGAGCAAUAUUGCAGAGGUCGAUACCCGGCGCAAAGUGUUCCAUGGUAUGAUGGUGCUGAUGUUCCUCCCGACAAUUUUCAUUGACCCAGCGUUCUGCUCCCUUGCUCUGGGCACCGUGCUAGCCAUGUUCCUCCUCCUGGACCUGUUCAGGGCGUCUCAAUUACCACCUAUUUCUCGACCGUUGAUGCACUUCCUCGCACCCUACGUCGACGGCCGUGACCACCGUGGACCAGUCAUCGUUUCACACAUAUUCCUCUUAAUCGGAUGCUCGAUUCCGCUCUGGCUCUCCCUUGCCGAUAUCCCCCGCACCGGAGACGGCCCAUGGGCCGGGUGGGGCGUGCUCUCCCGGGACGUUAGCAUGGUCAGCGGCGUCAUUUGCGUCGGGAUGGGAGAUGCAGCGGCAUCACUAAUCGGUCGACGAUACGGUCGGGUGAAAUGGUUCUGGGGCGGAGGGAAGUCUCUCGAGGGUAGUGGUGCAUUUGCGGCUGCUGUGUUCUGCGGGUUGAUGUGUGCACGGCUUUGGUUGGCUGUUGGCCGAUGGCCAGUCAACGGACAAGAAGAACCAUUUUCAUGGACGUGGACUAUGCUGAAAGCCGUUUUGGCAGCUGGAGGGACCAGUGCGACCGAGGCGAUCCUGACAGGAUGCAAUGAUAAUGUAGUGGUCCCGGUAGUGUUAUGGUUGUUGGUGCGAGGGCUUGGAGUUUGA